AUGGACAUAUCACCCACGACUCACACUGGCGCGCCAAAACGCAAGCAAGAAGUUUGUCCGGACUCGCAGAUCCCCUAUGCCGAAUUCAAAGAGUCAUUGACAAUGGACGAGGUACGCGAACGAUAUCCGGUGGCCGAUGAUACCUCAACCCGUGCUCAUCAAUUUGAUGUGGAACUGGAGAUCAAGUAUUCCAUAUGGAUUAGCAACCCCCCCACCAAUCGAUGCACCCACGGAACUCGGGAUGGACGCAACGUAAAAUUGUGGACCAAAGUUGUUGGCCCAAAGAAACCCAUCACAAUGGUUCUUGCUGGCAGCAAAUCUGCGAUGUGGGACUGGAAAUGUGUUUGCACGGCUAUUCUGGCUAAGAUAACCGAAAGGGAUCCGGGUGUGGGCCACGAGGCACGCUGCAACAAUCUGGCCGGCGAACUCGAUUGGACAGUCAUCCACCUCGGCCCGCCGCUGACACCCUCACCUAGUGGGACAAUGGCCGCCACAAAUCUAACUUGGCCCCUGAUCAUCCCGAGCAUAUCGGACAAGGCGCCCGGGUCCUCGCUUACACCCCUUGAAGACACUAGCAACUUGUCGCAACCGGGAUUAUCUCUCAUCAUCACGAAGGACGUCACGAAGGAGGUGCCGGAACUGUCAUCUGGAACGGUUCAUCUAAAUCAACGCCUUGCUCGCGCACAUCAGAUCCACCCGGCCCGAGGCAUGAACCCAAUGAUCGAGGUCACGAUUAUGUACACGCUUUAUGUGCCUUUUGGGAAAGACACGCGCGGCCAAGUGUACUCGCAACUCUGGGAAACAAGUGAACCUCCGUGCACUAUCCGCUUGGGCCUGACUGAGUUGGACUUUAACGGAUUGAAGGAUAAGAUAUGGGAGCACUUGUCUGAAGAAAAUCGAAUCCAGCGGGUUGAUCUCGUGGCCAAAGCUAGCGACCGAGCCGACAGACUAAUUUGGAGCUUUAGUAUUGUGGAACCCAACCAACGCCGCAUGCAAGGGGCCAUACACCACCAUGAAGGCAGCUAUGCCAAUUUUGCUUUGGCAGCCGCGAAUUCAUCAAGCCAGGCCAAGGUGGUCAUUGAGGUGUGCAUGCCUCAGGAUUAUGAAGUUAUCACCCCCCUACCUCAGGAGACCGAAUGGUAUUAUUCAAGAGCGAGCCACCCUGUGCUCCCUGUCCUCUGCGGCCCAAGCCCCUCAGCCCCCAGACCGCAAGCCGCCAACCCUUCGCCCUCGGCAUUCCGCCCUAACACACCUAUUGGGCCCUUACAGGCCCCUGUGGUGGACGCCAACGGGUCUCCCCACGCGACUCAACCGAAGAAAGAAUUGCUCGAUCUAUCAAUUGAUGGAUUCCUCUCAUACUGCCGCAUCCCCCUGAAAGACAUGCGCGUGGAUCAGGUCAUCUACGACCAGCAGAUCUUGCACUGGACCUCCUUCAUAGGCCAAACUCACAAUUCACUCGAGGCACUUGGAUUUGGAUGGGGAGUCCGAGAUCUUAUCUUGCGCGGGCUCAAACAGGUCAAGAAAGAAUUGAAUAUAUAG